GUAAACAGUAGUAGCUAGCAGCAUUAGCUGGCUGUGUGUAAUGAAUGAAGUGAAGACGGUACUGAGUCACAGCGCAGCUCAUUAUUGAACGAGUAAUUAAAGAAGAAUGAGUUCAGUUGAGAGUUUGAGAGAGUUUGUCAACGAGCGACUAACUGCUGCUGCUGAAGAAAUAUUCAGAGUUUUUAAAACAACUAUCGUCCAGUACGAGGAAGAGAUCGAUCGGCAGCGCGUCAUGCUGGAUAUCUGCUGGAAACCCCAAGUAAAGUUACACAGGAUAGAGCUCCCACAGCAACAUGUCUGUAAGGAGGAGGAGGUUCUGGCUGACCAGCAGCUCUGUAACCAGGAGAGGAACUCCAGUCUGGACCAAGAGGACCCAGAGCCUCCAGAGAUUAAAGAGGAACAGGAGGAACUCUGCACCAGUCAGGAGGGAGAGCAGCUUGUAGUGAAGGUGGAGACGGAUACCGUCAUGUUGACUCCAGCUCAUGAGGAAAGUGACCACAGUGAAGCAGAACCAACAAGUGACCACCAGCUCCUCUCUAACAACUCUCAUGUAGCUGAGAGCCGAGACCAGAAAGGAGGAAAACAUGGAGACUCAGGAUCAGCUGGAGAUGGAGAGCCGAAGAAAAAGAAAAGACGUCAUGGAAAAAAUAAAGACUCUACCUCAUCAGACAUUCAACAUAACACUCACCCAGGACGGCAUCUCACAUUCAACUCCCCUUCAACUCCUCUGCAUGGACGCGAUCAACCCCUUUCAGCCAGUCCGCAGACAGGCGAGAAGAAACUGCUGAAUGCUAUCAGUGGGUUGUCUCAUCAGCUUACUCUGUUUGCUGCCGAUGUGAAUGAGCAGGUCACCGUAGUAAACUCCAGGUUGCUGUCCAUCGAGGAUAGGCUGGCUGCUUUGGAGUCGAAAAACUGUGUGAAAGAGACUAACUCUAAGAAGAGAAGACGCGUGCACAAUCCCAAGAUUGCGGAAGCAGUACGACGUCAUCACAACUCGGAGACAAAUUGUAGGCGCUACGAACCGGAUCAAGGACUAACUUCGCCUCAUAAUGAGGCCGUGACCUCCUAUUUACUCAGAGCUUUGUCUGCAAGUCCAGAUUUACGUGAUGUUGGUAAUGACGCCAUUGUGUCUGCCUGUAAGACAUAUUAUGAGACAGUACGCAGGAGCUUCAGGUACAAACAACCAGAUCUUGCAUCGCAGGCGGAAGCUGUGAAGAGUUCAGCUCGGAGUCGAUCGAGAAGAAAGAGGCUGCUGGAAGCGAGACAGAGUGUGCUAGCUGAGGAUGAGGUGGAGCUUUGGAAGUCCGCCACCAUAGACCUGAUGUCUGAUGAGGAAGACGGAGUCGUUGACGGGGUGUCUGGAUGGAUUGUGAGACCUCCGUCCUUUCGCAGCCGGGAGCUCACCAAGCUCUGUGCCACGCUGCAGUCGAGAUUAGAGGCGAUUCCAAAGUACAGGGCAACGCACCACAGACGUCUGCAAAAUGGACCGAAUUCAGACAGAACGCCACCAGUUACCCACGGCUACGAGGCGGAAAACAGACACGCCACGGUGCUGUAGGAUUUUGGGCUUCUCGUGAGCUUCCCAUUUGUUGUGUGGGCAGAUUAUGCUUUGAAAAUAAUUGUGUGUUUGCAUUUGUGCUAAUAAAGCUCCUUCUUUGAAUAAACA